AUGGUUUGUGAGGAAAAAAAUCAUAUCAUCAACCUCACAUUCUUCUCUCCACUCCAAUCAUUACAAUGGGCUUCCUCUUGGUGUUCAUCCUUCUCACCAUCGUCGCUGCUCUCGUCUACGCCCACACGCAAGGACUUUUGCUACCAACCAUUCAGCGAAUCCAAGACGAGAUCCAGAAGUGCGUUGGUGGAGCCGCCGGCACUCAGCCAUUACAACCAGCCGGUCCCUCAAACAAACGGGAAUAGGCAUCGAUCGACGGUU